UUUCUUCAUGACUACACGUUAUUAGUUAAAAAUUCUGUUCCUGGCUUUCUACCGUCUUAAGUUGUAUAUAUAUAUUUUUUAUUUUGCAUAUUGUUACCUGUACAUCUGUACGUAAUUUAAUUUUUAAUGGCUUCAGUUGGAAAUAUUGGUAAGCAUCUUUUAGUUUGCAGAAAAUUUUCUCAGCGCAGUCUUUCCUUUAGUACAUCAUUAUCUGAAACACAUAAGCUUCUUAUGAAGACAUGUAGAGAUUUUGCAGAAGGGGAAUUAAUUCCGCAUGCUGCAACUUUUGACCAAGAACAUAAAUAUCCAAAAGAUCAGAUUAAGAAAAUGGGUGAACUGGGAUUAAUGGGUAUUUCAGUGCCAGAAAAAUAUGGAGGUGCUGGACUAGACUAUCUUUCAUAUGCAAUUGCAUUGGAAGAAAUUUCAAGAGGCUGUGCUUCAGCUGGUGUAAUAAUGAGUGUCAAUAACUCGUUGUAUCUGGGACCUAUUUUAGCAUUUGGUAGUGAAAAACAGAAGGAAUUGUUUAUAAAUCCUUUUACUGAUGGCUCAAAAGUUGGAUGCUUUGCAUUGAGUGAACCGGGAAAUGGUAGUGAUGCUGGUGCUGCUUCAACUACUGCAAGACAUAAGAAUCCUGGUUGGAUAUUAAAUGGCACAAAAUCAUGGAUUACAAAUGGUUAUGAAUCAGAAGCAACAAUAGUGUUUGCUACAACAGAUAAGGCAAAAAAACAUAAGGGAAUCAGUUCAUUUCUUGUUAAUAAACCCAUUAAAGGCCUUUCUUUGGGCAAAAAAGAAAAUAAACUUGGCAUUAGAGGCUCAUCUACUUGCAAUUUGAUAUUUGAAGAUUGUGAAAUACCAGAAGAAAACUUAGUAGGACAACCUGGCUUAGGAUUUAAAAUUGCCAUGAUGACAUUAGAUUCUGGUCGAAUAGGCAUAGCAGCUCAAGCGCUAGGAAUCGCACAAGCAUCUCUUGAUUGUGCUGUUGAAUAUGCUUCAAAAAGAAGUGCUUUUGGAGCUCCAAUAUCAAAGCUGCAAUCUAUUCAGAAUAAAAUAGCAGAUAUGGCUUUGAAAAUUGAAUCAUCUAGAUUGUUAACAUGGCGGGCUGCUGCACUAAAAGAUGAAGGAAACAAAUAUACAAAGGAGGCAGCUAUGGCUAAAUUAUCAGCAUCAGAAACAGCAACAUUUGUUUCUCACCAGUGUAUUCAGAUAUUAGGUGGUAUGGGAUAUGUCAAUGACAUGCCAGCUGAACGACACUACCGAGAUGCGAGAAUUACUGAAAUCUAUGAAGGUACAUCUGAAAUUCAAAGGCUUGUGAUCUCUGCUAAUGUUUUGAAGGAAUAUGGAUUUUAGUUGGACACUGGAAAUCAUUAUUAUGACGUUGAUAGAUUACACUUAUUUUUUUAAUUUUAUAACAUCUGUAAAAUAUUACAUAAUUUGCUUCCAUUUUAAAUUUUACUCUGACUGUAUUUUAAUUUUAGGUUAGUUCAUUUUUAAGUAUUAUUAGAAGACUGAAAAAGUAUGUUUCAAAAUAAUUAGUUUACAUUAUAUCGUAAUUAUACCGUAUCAACUCAGUUUUUAAUUCAUUAAAUUAUUUUAUAAUGAAU